AUGCCGGAUUUGGAUGCUGAAAUUGAUCGGCUGGUGGCCGAACAAGUGAUAUCCCCAGUAGAGCACUCAGAGUGGGCCACGCCUAUGGUUGUAGUCAAGAAGAAAAGUGGGCAAAUCCGCUUGUGCGGAGACUUCUCGACAGGAUUGAACGAUGCGCUGCAGUUGCACCAACACCCGUUGCCCACGGCGAAGGACGUGUUUACGAAGCUGAAUGGAGGACGGCUUGUCACGCAAAUCGAUUUUGCAGAAGCAUAUCUGCAGGUGGAAGUUGAAGAAGAAUCGAAGGAAAUGCUGACGAUUAAUACGCAAAGAGGACUGUACCGCUACAAUCGUCUACCCUUCGGCGUGAAGUCAGCACCUGGCAUAUUCCAGCAGAUCAUGGAUUCAAUGAUAUGUGGACUGGAAGGCGUUGCUGCCUAUCUGGAUGACGUGAUAGUCACAGGCCGCACACAACAGGAGCAUCGCCAUAACUUGGAAGCGCUAUUCGGAAGGAUCCAGGAAUACGGCUUACGCGUCCGAUUGGAAAAGUGUAACUUUUUGAUGCCUCAGAUCCGUUAUCUCGGAUGCAUCAUAGAUAAGGACGGACGCCAUCCUGACCUAGAAAAGAUUGAGGUCAUCCGCCAGAUGCCAGUACCCCAGAACGUGGCAGAGGUUCGCUCGUUCUUUGGUAUGAUCGUUCUUUGGUAA